CUCUUAGGUCACUUGUGAGCACUCAAACCAAGAACUAAAUAUUAUAUAGAUAAUAAGAUGGGAGAGAGAAGAGACAAUGGUGCAAGUAUUAUUGUAAUGGUACUAUUUAGUAUGUUUGUGUUUCAUUGUAAGAAGAUUGAUGCAGACACAUACACUGUUGGGGAUGAAAGUGGUUGGACGUUUGAUGUUCAAAACUGGCCUUCAGGAAAGACUUUUAAGGAGGGUGACAUACUCGUAUUCAAUUACACCCCUGAGGUACACAAUGUGGUGAGAGUGAACGAAUAUGGGUACAAUUCAUGUGUGGCUUUAGGAGGAUCUAAAUUUUAUGAAUCUGGAGCUGAUAGAAUUACACUUGCUAAGGGACCCAAUUACUUCAUUUGUAGUAUUCCUGGUCACUGCAAUAGUGGGAUGAUGAAAAUCGCACUCAAUGCUAAUUAGUUUUAGCUUUUAAUGUAUCGUACCCAUAAAUAAAGUAUAUUUAAUUGCUUUGCAAUAUACUCCUUUAUUAUUGCA